CUUAGAUAUACUUAUCUUCGUCCGUAGUUUAAACCACGAUUAAAGAUAUACACCGGUCCGUGUUUUACACAUAAUGCAAGAUACAACAAAACACGUCCCACAGAAUACGAAAUAUGAAACACGCUCUAUAAUAGCCAAUGCCCAAUAGGUUAUAGCCAAUACUAUUGAAUUUAAUAAUUUCGAUUACAGAUUUAUUAACACAAUUGUUUUGUAUCGAAUAUCGAUUUAAUUUAUUAAUAAUCGGUAGAAUGAGAAGAAAUGGAUACCCUUGAAGAAGAUAUUGCAACGAUUAUAAGAAAUGAAAUUAGGAUACGUAAGAAAAAUAAAGCAGUUAAAGAUACUAAUACCAAUACAACUACCAUUACUUCCAAAACUUUAAGUGAUGCUGAUCAUUCAUCGGAAUCAAAGAAAAUAUUUCAAGGAACAAAAAUGGAAAUAAAGGAACAAUCUAAUGAGGCGGUACUUAAUGUAAAAAAAAAAGUACUGGAAGAAGUGACAGAAAAAACACUAAUCGCUAACAAUCAGGAAUCCAAUGAAUUUCAAAAAAAGGCACAGACAAAUUUUAGUUGUUCUGUUUGUUCUAAGACAUUUGAGUUUCAAUCUUUAUUAUUGAGGCACAAUAGACAACAUAGUUACGAAAAACCAUUUGAAUGCUUAAUUUGUGCCAGAUUAUUUACACAAAAAACAUCUUUAGAUCAUCACUUAAUAAUACAUUUUGGUGAGAAAUCUUUUGAAUGCAAAAUUUGUGGACUAACAUUUUCGAAAAAAUCAAACUUAAGAACACAUGAAAAAACACAUACCAAGGAAAAACGUCUAGCAUGUAAUUUUUGUAACAAAUUGUUUAAGCAUUCGUUUACAUUGGUUAAUCACCGUAGGACCCAUACCGGUGAAAAACCAUUUGAGUGUGAUGUGUGUCUUAAAUCAUUUGCAAAAAAAUACGGAUUAGAUGUACACUAUCGAAUUCAUACUGGUGAGAGACCAUACUUAUGUGGAAUUUGUAAGGUAUCAUUCCUUACCAACAGCGAUCUUAAGAAACAUACUCAAAGAAUACACAAAACAUGAUUUUAACAUUGUGUCAGUUAUAAGCCAUUUUGUACUAAUUUUUCAUUUAUUCAUACCAUAAAAUAUUACGGAACUAUGUAAUAGAAUUUGGUUCCAUAUAAUUGUAAAAAGAAAUGUAAAUUAUAAUAUAUUAUGUUAAAUAAUGAGUGUAAUGUUAUGUUUAACAAUGUUAUAUGUUACUGUAUAAGGUUAAAUAAUAUUUUAUUCUUUAAAUAAAGAUGUCAUGUGGUAAUA